AGCAAAAGCAACAUUUUCAGGGUACCUUGGGUUAUCUUUUCGACGUUAAUGGAUCAAGAGGGAGAGAAUGGAUUUCCGUUGUGCGAUUUCAAAACCUGCUCCAUGACUUCUCCCACUGCAACGUCGAAUUCAUCUCCCCCGUCCGAUUUUGAUGUUGAUUUCAGUUCAAUUUUCCACUCGAUUUUUCAGCCAAGAUCAUCUACAGACGACUGCCACCACCAUAUCGCCACCGACCACCGCCUCAACCAAGCUCGACUGAUCUUGGAAUAUCAGCAGCUCUGCGACCACUACGAUCUCUGCUUCUCUCGCCUACAGUCGCUCAAUAGAGAACUGGAAACUCUCCACAAGGAAAACGCAGAUCUCCGACUUGCUAAUGCCAGACUCCUCAAGCUUAUCACUAACAGCUUCCACCGUCUCACAGAAAAUAUCUCGUCCGGUUUCACUCCAAAGAACGUAAUGGAGAAACGUAAUGUUUUGGAGAGAGAUUCUCUGCCUAAAAGUAUCUCCGUCCGGUCCAGUGGCUACCUCAAAACUAAUCAAAAUAGCGGUCCGAGUCGACCGGAAGCACAAACAGUGAAUGUUAAUAAGAGAGAGGAAGAAGCAAAAGCGAAGGCAGUGGAACUGGAGGUGUAUAAUCAAGGGAUGUGGAAGACGGAGCUUUGUAACAAGUGGCAGGAGACCGGCACGUGUCCCUACGGUGACUACUGCCAAUUCGCCCACGGCGUGAAGGAGCUCCGUCCCGUAAUCAGACACCCAAAGUAUAAAACCGAAGUCUGCCGGAUGGUUUUAUCGGGAGCCACGUGUCCUUAUGGCCACCGUUGCCACUUCCGUCACUCCCUCACCGAGCAGGAAAGGUCGCUGAUGCUCCCACGCUAAUCUGUAAAAACACAAAUGGGAUCGAUGUGGAAGAUGAUGAAAAUGGCUGAUUUGGGGGGCAACCGGAAUGGCUGUAAUUGGAAGUUUUCUUAAACAAGUAAGUGUCCAACCACCGUUAGUUGGCGGAGUUUGAAUUUUUUGAAGGAUCCGUUUUAUCAGUUUAACAUUUGGUUCAUUCGCAUACACACGAAACCGUUUCUUGACUGCUGCUGUUGCUGCUUUUGGUGAAACGUACAUUCAUACUGACUAUCAGACACUUGAUCUUGUACCCAAAUUCUGUUACUACUAUGACCUUUGUUAUAUUAAUA